AGUCACUGUGUUCAGACUAGUGACUGACUUAAUGAGGCACUGACAUCAAAACAAGACUUCCUUUUAUGUAGCGAAGGAAUUAAGGAAACGAUGGACAGAACGGAUGUACAGUCCAUGGAGCUGGUAAAAAGGCAAGAGCGAUUUGCUUCGUUUCAUGGUCUACCGGUUGGUGUAAUGCCUGGAGAGAACCUAUUUGUUCCUGAAGAAGAUAACAGUUUAUAUUUUACAUAUUCUGGCAGUGCAAAUGUGCUUGAGGUUAAAGAUCUCCAUUACCAGGUUAAUUUAGGUGCUCAGAUCCCAUGGUACGAGAAACUGGCAGAGUUUAAAAUGCCGUGGGAAUGGAAUAAAGGGAAUGAAACCUCCACAAUUAGAAAUCUGAAUGUGAGGGUAACCAGUGGACAAAUGUUGGCCGUUAUUGGAAAUACAGGAUGUGGGAGGACGUCGUUACUUGAUAUCAUUACAUGCAAAGAUGAAGGUGGAAAGAUCAGAUCGGGGGAGAUACUCAUUAACGGGACAUUAAUAAACAAACAUUUAGUUAAGAAAUGUGUCGCUCACGUGCGCCAGGAUGAUCAGCUCUUACCACACCUGACAGUUCGAGAAACAUUCUCUUUUAUUAGUAAACUACGCCUUCCCAAAUCAUAUUCAGAGGAGCAAAGGAAGAAAAGGGUGGAAGAGGUCAUAGCAGAGCUCAGGUUACGGCCAUGUGCCAACACUAAAGUUGGGAAUGAAUUUACGCGAGGAGUAUCAGGUGGUGAACGACGUAGAGUGAGCAUUGGGGUCCAACUUCUCUGGAAUCCAGGUAUUUUGAUACUGGAUGAGCCCACGUCUGGUUUGGACAGUUUUACUGCACACAACCUCGUGAUAACUUUGUCGAGGCUUGCCAGGGGAAAUCGAUUGGUCAUAUUAUCGAUCCACCAACCUCGCUCAGAUAUAUUCCAACUGUUUGACAUUGUUCUUCUCUUGUCAUCUGGAACCACUAUUUAUUCUGGGACAGCCAAAGACAUGGUGCAAUAUUUUUCUUCUAUAGGAUAUCCUUGCCCCAGAUACAGCAAUCCUGCUGAUUUUUACGUUGAUCUGACCAGCAUUGAUAAACGAACCAAAGAGCAGGAAGCUGAAUGUCUAGAAAGGACAAGAUUCCUGGCUCAAACAUUCUGGGAUAAAGUCAAAGAUUCUAAAGAUUUCCUGUGGAAAGUCAGCAGUGAAGAAAACAAAGAUUCUGCAGCGAGUGAAACGUGUGUAAAUUCUCCAAUCAAAUCAUCUGAAAAAGUAAUUCUUAUGGAUGCUCGUGAAGCAGACCAGCUGCCACAAGGAUUUCACCAAUUCUCUGUUUUAAUAAGACGGCACAUUUCCAAUGAUUUACGGGAUCUGACAACAUUACUGAUCCAUGGGUUUGAAGCUCUGUUAAUGUCAUUGCUGAUAGGCUUUUUAUAUUAUGGACAAGGAGGUAAUCAGCUCUCUAUACAAGACACAAUCGCUCUCCUCUUCAUGAAGGGAUCCCUCACCCCCUUUGCUGUGGUACUGGACGUAGUAGCAAAAUGUCACUCAGAGAGAGCUAUGCUUUUUCACGAAUUGCAAGACGGCUUGUAUUCUGUUCCUUCAUAUUUCUUUGCAAAGGUCAUUGGUGAACUACCUGAACACUUUGUAUUCGUUGUUUUUUAUGGCGUUCCGAUAUAUUGGUUGGCAAACCUCAAUCCAGAACCAGUAAAUUUCCUGCUUAACCUCUCGUUACUGUUCCUUAUGGUAUAUAGCAGCCGGGCAAUGGCUUUAUGGAUGUCGGCGUUGCUACCCACAAUGCAGAUGUCGUCUUUUCUCAGCAAUGCUCUGUUUACAGCCUCUUAUUUAACAGGAGGUUUUAUUAUCAGUCUCGGGAACCUAUGGACAGUACCAUAUUGGAUUUCGUUCGUCUCUUUCCUCCGCUGGGGAUUCGAAGGACUAAUGCAAGUUCAAUUCACAGAUCUGUCAUAUAGUUUGUCCCUAAACAAUUUUACCAUCACAGUUCCGGGAAAACUGAUCAUCAAAAAUAUGGAGAUGGACACGUAUCCACUAUACCUGUGCUACUUAGUGCUGAUUGGUAUAAUCGCUGGCUUUCUUGUACUCUAUUUCAUAAGCCUAAAGUUUAUUAAACAGAAAUCAAGCCAAGACUGGUAAACAUAAGAUUCAAUGGACAGCACUGGACUAAUUUGCAAAAGGUCAGAGUUGACAAGGAGUCCUUCUUGUCAGCUAUGAAGACCCCACCAUGCUAUGCUCUACAACAGUUGACCCAUAACGAACCAGCUGAUGUUAGGCUACAACUGACAGAGGAUUCUGGGAAAUAUUAUCCAGUCCGAAGUGAAGUGCCACGUUGUAUAUAUGAAAGAUACUGUAACGGCACGUUUCAAUCUAUGUACACAUUUUUUUCAGAUUAUAUUGUCACAGUUUACUGCUGGUCUAGUGGUUAAAUGGGUGAUGUUAUUGUAAAUGCACUGAUGCAGUGAUGUAGCUAUGCUGAUUAUAUACUCUAUGUAAAGAUAAGAGAAAUAACUAUUGUUAAAGAAGUACUACGAAUUGCCAAGUGAUAAAUGUAUACUGAGUUCAAGAAGCCACUGGGUGGCAGUAAAAUCCUAAUAUUCUAUAAGUUGCAGGACAACAAUUUUAACAUAAACGUUCUUUUUUUCUUUUGAGAAAUGGCUUUUGUAUUUU